UUUAGCUAACGCGCGUUGAUCUGUUCAAGGUUACGAUCAUAUGGAUAUAAACGAAGGUCUGUUUAACGAAUCAGGAGAAUAUGAACAAACCAUAGAUGAGCAAAUCCCAGCAAUAUACACUUCGGAGGAUGAGCGUAUUCGGACACCAGCUAUCUUAUCAGAUACAUCGCGCUCACCCAUUUUUUCUGAUAACCGUCAGCAAGUAGUACAACCGUUAAAAAGUGAUAAUAAGCAUGCGGAAAACGAUACAAAUAAUUCAUCAGUACCAACAAAGAAAGCUAGAUUAGCAAUUCCUUCGGGUUUAGUUUCAUAUGCCAUCGACGAAGAUGAUGAUGAGCAUACGGUGUUAGAUACAGAUCAGAACACUGAUUCUGACGAUGAAAAUGACCCUAAAUCAAAAAGUGAUCAUGGAUUCCAUCUUGGUAGUAUGGAUAUCCCGUUGGAUAAUUCUGGUGGACCCCCAACUAUUUUCAGUUCUGACCAGCCUAUCAACAUCUUGUCCCAAAACCAAGUUCAUAUUUCAGAACCAGUAAAUGAUGUAAAAAAUCCAAACUUAAUCACUAUUGAAGCGAAAGCAGAAAGUCCCACUCUUACAGAACGCCUUAUUCAAGCGGUUCAAUUGCCCUCUGAACCUACCGGUCACUGUUCAAUGGUGCUUCAAGAAAGAGUAGAGCGAGCAGUACGUCGUAUGCGCUUGGAUAUAAGCUACGAUCCUAACAGAGCAAUUCAAGAUAACAAAGCGUUUCGUAAUCCCAGUAUUUAUGAAAAGCUGAUCGAUUUUUUGAAAAUUGACGAGAAAGGAACUAACUUCUCUACAGAUAUAUAUGAUCCCUAUCGUUGGACUCCGCAGUCAUAUUAUGAAGAACUUGCAAAGGUGCAAAAUCGUGAAAUCGACCGACUGAUGAAAAUGCAAAAAGAACUUAAAAAAUCUGACCCAAAUACAACGAAUGCAAACAACAGCACAAGUGCGAAUGCACCUAAAAAUCCAAUUACUAGCACAGACAAACCCAGUACAACAUCUGGAGGGUCCGUUUCUACGGGGUACAUAGAUCCAUCAAAUAUAUUUUGGUGUAGAAGAGUGGGAAGACUCGUGAAAUAACCUUUAUAAAUCCACUGAAUAAAACUACAUAGCAUUAGUGAAGAUAACGAAUUGACUUACUAUUAUUGAAGAAGCAAGUACCAACACAAAACGAAAUGUAAGAUUUUUCAAUAGACUGUUAACUACUGGUAUCACUGAUAAAGCGAACACUGAAUGUAAAUUUCAUACUAGUUACUCUCAACUUUGAACGAUUUCGAUUCCGAUCAAUUAUUAAAGUGUAGCUACGAUUGUAACAUUAGUGACGUUUCAUACAAUUUUAAUAAUCCAUAGACUAGGAACAUAAGACUUGACCUUUUUUGUAGGAUUAUAGCAAAGCUAUAAUUACUUGAAGGACAAAAAAAUAGACACAACCUUUUAAAAACAAGCAUAUCGAUCAAAAAUCUAAAUUUUGUUAGUCAAAAGACAAUCCCUUUCGUUUAUUUUUAAAAACCUAGAAAACCAUACUUUCCAAAAAACACAUAACCUAUUCAUCACUUUUGUAAUUACGAUUGUAAUCAACAAACACAGUUCUUCGAAAGUGUAAUUUAAGCGUUAUAAAGUCUACUAGCUACAAUGAUUAUAGUGACAGAUCGAUAUUGCUAAUAACUCAAAACUCAGAAUCCUUUUCAUGUAACUUUGUAUUCUUGAUUCAAAUUAUCAUACUUUUAUUUUACAGAACCAAAAAAACCAAGUAAAUGGGAUACAGGUAUUCCUACCAACGUUCAACCCCAUGAUACAUCCUCAGAAUCUGUUAAGUUAUCUGUUCCUCCUGUUGGAAGUUUGAUCAAACGAAAUUAAAACUAAUCCAAGUUACCAGAUAAUAACUUUGAAAUACGCUGCUCUUUUUAUAAUUUUUCAAAAAUAUUUUUCAAGAUGUUAAUACAACAAUAAAAGUGAAAUACUCAACCAUGUUAAUUUGUGUAAAAGAGAUCAUUUGCUCCAAUCAACUAACUGUUAAGAGAUAAACGUUUACGCAUAGAUAUAAUGAUCAGGAUUAACUUGAAGUUCCUGAUAACUGUCUGCCUCCGUUUUGUGAUGUGAGGUUGAUGCAGGUAAAGAUGAUGGGAGAUUAUGCUUUAGAUCAGGUCUAACUUGUGUACCAGGAAUGUUCUGAUUGUACAGUGCGUUGUUCGCGGGUGACCAAUUCAUGAUAAACGAGUUUGUUGCUCGUGUCCAGUCAUCUUUAUAAACCUAAAAUUGCAGAAAACUUCCCUUUUUAAUUCUAAAUAACUGAGAUGCAUUUUCUUAAAUUACAUAUAUUGUUCGAUUUUCUAAAUAACUGCCUGUUGUUAUUAAUCCAUAACCUUCAUUAACUGGUUAGUCUUAUUUUCUGAUGAACAUAGUUUUACGAGUUAUUCAAUCUGUUACACGGUUAAUGAAAUAUAG